ACUUAACAUGCCUAUAAAAGAAAACAUCCGCAAUGGCCCUGCCAGUUGGUAUUCGUGGAAUCUGCAUCCCUGUUCCCUUUCUUGAGAUGAGGACUCUGUGUUUGUUGGUUAUUCUCAUUGGCUCUGCCUUGGGCCAAUGGGACGCCAACACUGCCUACGACAGACAGGCCAUGGUUCACCUGUUUGAGUGGAAAUGGACCGACAUUGCUGACGAAUGCGAGAGAUACCUGGCACCCAAUGGCUUCGGCGGUGUCCAGAUCUCGCCCCCGUCCGAGCACCGGGAGGUUUGGAGCCCCUGGCGGCCGUGGUGGGAGCGCUACCAGCCCGUCAGUUACAAGCUGACGAGUCGCUCAGGCACGGAGAGCGAGCUGAGGGAUAUGGUCAUGCGGUGUAACAACGUCGGAGUCAGGAUCUACGUGGAUGCUGUUAUCAAUCACAUGGGAUCGGGAGAUACUGGCUACGGCACUGCAGGUAGUUAUUAUGACGCUUCAGCGUUCAGUUUCCCCGGCGUACCCUUCGCUAGCUGGGACUUCAACGUAGCCAACGGCAAAUGCAACUCCAACAGUGGAGACAUUGAGAGCUACCAAGACGUCAACCAGGUCCGCAACUGUAAUCUGGUGUCUCUCAGAGACUUGGACACCUCCAAGUCCUACGUCAGGUCCAAAAUUGUCGAGUUCAUGAACACCUUGAUUGACAUUGGUGUCGCUGGCUUCCGUGUGGACGCCUGCAAGCACAUGUGGCCCGGGGACUUGGGCGCCAUGUUCGGGUCACUCAACAACCUGAAUACGGCCUACUUCCCCGCAGGAUCCAGGGCGUUAAUCUUCCAAGAGGUCAUCGAUCAGGGAGGGGAGCCCAUCACAGCGGGUGAGUACACCCCCUAUGGCAGGGUCACCGAGUUCAAGUAUGGGCUGAGAGUGGGAGAGGCUAUGAAUGGAGCCAACAAGCUAAGCUAUUUCAGUAACUUCGGAGAGGCUUGGGGCAUGCUGGCUGACGGCUCGGCCUUGGUCUUCGUGGAUAACCACGACAACCAGCGUGGUCACGGCGGCGGUGGAAGCAUCAUUACUCAUGAGAGUCCUCGCCUGUACAAGAUGGCCAACGCCUUCAUGUUAGCCUUCCCUUACGGCUUCGCUCGUGUCAUGAGCAGCUUCGACUUUAACCACGAUACUGAUGCGGGCCCGCCAGCUGAUGGGAACGGUAACACGCAGUCGGUCACCAUCAACGCAGACGGAACAUGCGGGGGAGGCUGGGUGUGCGAGCAUCGCUGGAGACAGAUCAAGAACAUGAUCGGGUUCCGCAACGUCGCUGCCGGUCAGCCGCUCUCCAACUGGUGGAGUAACGGCAACCAACAGAUCGCCUUUGGUCGUGGCGACAAAGCCUUCAUCGCCAUCAACAACGAUGGGUACACCCUGUCUGAGACUCUCUACACUGGCAUGCCGUCCGGGGAAUACUGCAACCUCAUCCUGGGUGAUUUUGAUUCUUCUUCUAGUUCCUGCAGCGGUCCCACGAUCCACGUUGACGGGUCAGGUAACGCCUACUUCAACGUCGACACCGGGGAUGACCCAGUAGCGGCCAUUCACGUCAGUGCGAAGGUUGGCGAUUCCAGCAGUUCUCCUUCCAACCCUGUCAACCCUGUCAAUCCUGUCGAUCCAGGAUCCCCAGUAGGCUACCAGCGCACCGUCAUCUUCAUCAAGAAGCAAACGAUCUACGGUCAAGACCUCUUCAUCCGCGGUGGGAUCGACCACAACAAGCGAAGUGGCUGCACUUCCAACGCCGACACUAGCGCCUGUGCCUUACCGAUCAGUCACAACAUCGGAGGCACCAACGGUCAGUUCAACGCCUGGUCGUCCGGUGACGAUUUCCUGGACUGGUACGGAGCAGAGGGCGACCAGAGCACCUACCAGGGAAGCACCCCUGACGGUACGCCCCUUGUCUGGACCACAAACAACCCUAGCAAUGGAGCCAACGUCCAGGCUAAUGGCUACGGCUACACUCCGCUCAACAAGUGGGGUGAUCACUACUGGAUGGUUGACGUGGACAUGGAUUGCGACCAGACGGAAGGAAGCUGGUUUGAGGUCAAGGCUUACCUCAAGAAUGGCGCCGGGUGGGAGGGUGACAUCGGACAGGGGUCUUGCUCGGGCUCAUCUAGCGGGAGCAAGCCUUACUCCAGCAACAACCAUUUCGCUAGAUGCGGCUACUUAAAUGUGUUCGAAUUCGGUUCUAGCUCCUGCACCAUGGAAUCUCUGUAAAGAUUCGGUUUAACUUUUUGUUAAAUUUCAUUGAUCACGAUAUUCAUUUACAAUGUGUCUGGGCAAAUAUUUUGCUAUGUGAUGUAUUCAUCAGAAAAUUUUCAACACCUUUCAGAUUUUUAAAACUGCGUGGACAAACUCUUUUAAUCUUAAUUACCUCGGAAAAGUAGGUCAUUUUAUUUGCUGCAGUGCCAGAAAUUCCAAUUUUUAUUCCUUAUUCCUAGUUGUUUACAUAAUAAUUUCAUAAAAUAAAUGAACCAGCCAAAUCAGGAGCUAUUUUUACAUAUUA